AUGUUUGUUGGCGCAGACUGCACACAUCCACGCCAGUCAGCUAAGAGCUGCCCAUCAAUCGCAGCUAUUGUAGCGACUACAGAUGAUACAUCGAGCCAAUAUCUAGGGUCAGCUCGCCUUCAGCCAAGCAGACAAGAGUACAUAUCUGACUUGCGAUCUAUGAUGACGGAAAAGAUUAGGGCGUGGUAUCUCAAGACCGCCGACGAAGAAAAGCCCGGGACGAAAACUGAAAGACGGUUGCCGAGCACCAUCUUCUUCUAUCGUGAUGGAGUCAGCGAAAGUCAAUACGGCAUGGUUCUCCACGAAGAAUUACAGCAGAUUCGAUUGGGCUGCAAGGACUGGUACGACAAGGUCAAGGACCAUAAGGCCAACAAUUUCUCGUCCAACUUCAAAUGGAAAUAUAUCAAGAUUGUUUUCUUUGUUGUAAUCAAGCGCCACCAUGCUCGCUUCUCCCCCCAGAUAACGACAAGUCGGGAUAUCGUCACCCCCAAUCAUGUGAACUUCUACUUGCAAAGUCAUGCUAGUCCCAAGAGCAUGGCAAAGAGUUCUCACUACGUCGUGCUCCAGAAUAAUAGCCCGAAAGACUACACUCUCAAGCAGCUAGAAGACAUCUCUCACCACCUGUGUUGUGUCGGGCCUCACUUGCUCUGUGGUCGUCUAAGAUGCUACAUGAAGCCUGCCUUGGAUAAUAAGUAUCCUCUGGAUGAAAAUGCCAGAUCGAAGCACGAUUAUGAAAAUGAUGAAAAGAUUUCGCACAACGACCCAGAAAAGAUCCGCAAAAGUCCUUGGAAAGCAUCGUUGGACAAUGUCAUGUUCUAUCUGUGAUAUUUUGCAGUUAAUUAUCGGCAGAUUGUGCGUACUUUGUGUUGUUUUCGUAUUUUGCUGACGAGUCUCGGAGCGCGUUUGGUUGUAACUCUUGCUCUUCUGUCCUUUCCGUCGAUUUAGUGUCUGAUGUGUUGCGCUCGAGUUUUCGUGGAUGUUAAUGGAUUUUGGAAGGAAUUUGUGCGUGAAAUAUUAAAUGCGAACCAAAUUCAAC